AUGGCUCAUAUGAGGCGUUAUCGAAAGCGCAUGAAUCCAGUGGAAGACGAGAAUUGGAAGCAUGGCUACUGGUGGGUAAAAAAAGAGCUUUGUGGCUUUUGUGGUGUUGUUUGUCCGACAUUUUAUUUCAGUAUUGGCGCACACUUCAACCAGGAAGGAAUAUGGAUGCAAAAAUUAUUUGAGAAAAUCGGCUUUGCCACGGCCUCGCCUGGUUACGUCGACUUUGAAAUGAAGAUGAAUUGCGAAGUUGCUGAAACUCCACUGGCUUAG